CAAAAUAGUACAAACCGCAAAACCAAACACCUACAGUCCACUCCAGGGGUUUCGACUCCUAACCGCGGUGUGAAGGGAAUAAUUUACUUUCAUACUAACGGUGGCUCCAUCUUGUUUUUGGCCACACCAUAUUUAUGGUCCUUCGAGCCGGAUUUGCUUUAUCCGCAAAAAUCAUCUCAAACUUAUUAUAUUUUAUUGUUCUCACGUAACAUUUCCGCAUUUUCUAACAUUCUACGCAUUAUUUUAACAAUAUUUUGCCUGGAUGACACCAUAUUUCUUUAUUAUAAAUAUUUUUCGCUCAUAAGUAAAUAUUUCGUUCAAUACAUAUUUCAAUCGCUCUUCAAUCGUGCUCCAUCCCGCAUUAUUUAUUAUUAACCGCGUUAUGAACAGUCACUGCGUACUGUCAUAAUUAAUUCUACGCUCAUUUUGCCAAACUCAACGCUCGCUUGGUCUCUAAGUACCUACCUCCGCGCCCAGCUGCACACUGCAGUUUCGUGGCUCAUUCCGCUUCUCAUUUACUUUAACCGCGUCCUUAUUAUACAUUUAUUUAAAAUGCCAAAGGCUAAAGAAGAUGCCUCAGUCAGUGAGACUGCCAGAGAUUCUCUAGCUAUGGACAUUCAAUUGGCAUUAUCAUGUCGCAAUAGAAUAUUUGCUCGCAUUCAGCGCACUUUCGACCUUAUUUCAAAGGUCAACUCCGGCGCUGAGCCACAGGAAAGUUUUAUGUCCGCAUGCGUCAACAUAGAUGCAAUUCGCAACGAGUUCAGUGCUGCACUAGACCGUUAUAAUUAUCUUGUUCUUAAACAAAACGCUAACGCCGUUAUCGACGAACAGUCAUGGACUAAUUUCGAGGAUAUGUAUUGCCGCAUUAAAUAUGUUUAUUCUAUUUUUUCUAAGUCCUCAAUCGAGCCUUCUUCGACUGGCAGUGACAUUAAAAAACAACAAGUGCGUCUGCCGCCCUUAGAAAUCAUGUCCUUUGAUGGCGACAUUCGUAACUGGCCAUUGUUCUACGCUAACUUUAAAACUACAAUCCACGAAAAUAGAUCUUUGACAAACGCCGAAAAAUUAUAUUAUCUACUGGGCAAACUGUCAGACAAAGCUCAAACCGCAUUUUCGGGUAUUAAUCCAGAUGGAAAUAAUUAUAAUCUCAUUCUUGAGUCGCUCGUUAAUAAAUACGAAGACAAGCGUUUAUUGGCUUCUACAUAUUUAAAUCAGAUGUUUAACCACAAAUCAUUUAGUUCCGCAUCUAUCGAUAAUUUCGAAUUAUUUACUGAUAAUUUUGUUUCCGCCGCAAAUGCCUUAAAAAACCUUAAAAUCGAUAAUCUCACUGAUUUCAUUCUGUUUCACAUUGCUAUACAGAAAAUAGAUUCGGAAACCGCCAGAUUAUUCGAAAUGAGUUCAAAAGACGAAAUUCCUAAUUUUAAUAGUUUAGUCAAGUUCAUCAAGGAACAGUCACGCGUUUUACAAAAUACUAAUAACUUAAAUAAUUCAACGGCGCGUGUUAAUACGUCACAACAAUCACAAAAAAGGCAAUUUAACUUAAAUAAAUCUAAUAAAUGUCCGCAACCGCAAUCAUACGCUGUUAUAAAUAAACCCGCAAAGUGUUUAUGUGACAAUUUCUUUCAUGAACAUUUGUAUAAAUGUCCCGCAUUCUCUAAUAUGUCACCGACCGCUCGGUUUAAUUACAUUAAACAAACAAACGGUUGUAUUAAUUGUUUGAGUAACAAACAUAAGACCAAUGUCUGUCAGUCUCAGUCUAGAUGUAAAACUUGUCAAAAUAAACAUCAUACUCUUUUACAUUUCACUAACCGCGAUAACGCUUCUAAUUCACCGCAAGUGCCUUGUGGCUUAUCAGCCGUCGCUAGAAACCGCUCGGGUUCGAUUCCGGCGCAGAGCGCGCCUACGCCGCCCACGCAGCGAGUAGUUGACGCCAUCGCGGCGCAGCCGUCCCUUUUACACGCGAGCGCGCUGUCUAUGCCGCCAUCGCCGUCACACGCGCAGCCUUCGUGCAUUCAUAGUAAGCCGGCCGCGGCGCCGAUGGGCGGAAACGUCACUCCGGCCGCUCCUCAAUGUAACGCAUCCAUCGCCGCGUCAAAUAAAGUAAACAAUCAUCUUACUUCUGCGUGUAAGCAGCGAUGUAUGACGAACUCAACAAUAUUAUUGUCAACUGCGACAGUAGUUGUUCGGGACUCUUUUAAUAAUGAACACCUCGUUCGCUGUUUAUUAGAUAGCGGUUCACAAAUUAAUUUUAUUACCGCAGACUGUUGUAAACGAUUAAGUUUAAGUAGUCAAUUUUCAGAUACUCUCUCUGUCAAGGGUAUCGGUGGUACGGAAAAAUCCGUUAAGGGUUCCGUAUAUUUCCAAUUCGCGUCCCGCUUUAAUUCAAACGUUAAAUAUAACGUAGAUUCGUUAAUUGUCGAUGAGAUAACCGACGAUCUUCCUACCGUUCCGGUAGAUACUUCCGCAUUGCCUUAUCUAAUGGGUUUGCCGCUCGCCGACGAAUCGUUCGGCACCCCCGGGCGCAUCGACGUGCUGAUCGGGGCUUCGCUUUUCCCGCAUCUGUUGCUACCUCGCGUGGUCAGCAGCAACUCCUCCGCGACUCCUGCAGCUGUGCAGACCGUCCUGGGCUACGUAAUUAUGGGCAGUGUGCCCACGUUGCCUGCGCGACGUAAUAAAACAUCGCUCGCUUGUUGUUCUUAUAUUCCGCGUCCGUCUGACAUAAACUCAUUAGAAUCGGCUCUAAAACAAUUCUGGCAAAUUGAUGAGGCUCCCGUCACUCGCUCGACAAGUAAAUCAUUUGACGAGUUGGAGUGCGAGCAUUUCUACGCAGCGACCACGGAACGUGAUCCUAAUACUGGCAGGUACACAGUUGCCUUACCGUUUCACUCUGACGUUUUCUCUUUGGGAAACUCAGUAGAUGUCGCGAAAAAACGCUUCUUCUCGCUUGAGAGAAAAUUAGAAUCCGCGCCUGAAUUACGAGCCGCCUAUAAUGACGUCAUUCGCGAGUAUAUUGAGAAAGGUUAUCUAUCUCUUGUAUCACCCGAUAUAUUCAACGACAGUCUUCCUGACUACGUUAUCCCGCAUCACGCAGUUGUACGUUUAGAUAAAUCUACUACUAAACUACGCUCUGUCCUAGACGCUAGCUCUAAGACAAGUUCUGGCCUUUCGCUUAAUGACAUCCUUCAUAGUGGCCCGAAUUUACAGGGUGAUUUAUUUAAAAUUCUUUUGAAUUUCCGCCUUUUUGAAGUCGCUCUGUCGGCUGAUUGUCGUCAAAUGUUUUUACAAAUUGGCGUAAGAGAAAACGAUCGUCGCUAUCAACGCAUUUUCUAUCGUUUCGACAUGAACGAUCCUUUGGUAUUAUACCAAUUUAACCGCGUUUGCUUUGGACUCAAGUCGAGCCCGUACCACGCUCUCCGCACCGUACAACAGUUGGUUGAGGACGAUGGCCAUAUUUUCCCGCUCGCUCGCGCCGUCGCUUCCGACUCGCUGUAUAUGGACGAUAUAGUUUUUAGUGAACUAUCUGACUCGCGCGCUAUACGAGUCGCUAACGAAUUAAUCCUACUUUUCAAAGGGGGUCAGUUCGAUUUGGUCAAGUGGACGAGCAAUUCCCAAUCUGUACUAAAUAACAUUCCUGCAUCCCACAGGUUGUCAGAACAACUAGAAUUCGAUAAGACCGUAGAACAGAGGGUUCUCGGCCUUCGCUGGUGUAAGUCGAACGACUCCUUUGAAUUUCUCAUCACCGCGCCCCCUGAUACGUGUUCAAAACGCGCUAUUUUGUCUGUUGUCGCCCGUCUGUGGGAUAUUAUGGGUUUUGUCGCGCCAGUGAUUCUAUACGCGAAAUUGCUUAUAAAAGAGCUGUGGCUGUUGAAGCUCGACUGGGACGAUGAGCCCCCGCUUUCUAUUAUAAAUCUUUGGCAAUCCUUUCGCUCUGCCUUACCGCUUUUAAAUGACUUUAAAAUUCCGCGCCAUUUAGGUGUGUUUGAAAAUUGUAUUCUUCGCAUAAUUGGUUUCUCGGACGCGAGCGAGCGCGCUUACGGCGCCGUCGUUUACGCUCACGUUACUUGCGGUGAUCAAGUAACUGUGCAGCUGGUCUGUGCCAAGUCUAAGGUUUCGCCAGUCAAACCCAUGACCAUUGCUCGGCUAGAGCUUUGCGGUGCAGAGCUUCUGUCGAGAUUACUUCGUCGUGUUCAUGACACAUAUGACCCGCGUUAUAAGAUUACCGGACUUUACGCAUUCACCGACUCAAAGGUGACUCUUUGUUGGAUUAAUUCAUCCCCGCACCGCUGGCAUACAUUUGUGGCCAAUCGGGUCGUCCGCAUCGUAGACAAUGUUCCCGCGGAGCAUUUUUACCACGUAGCUGGCACUGAGAAUCCCGCGGACUGUCUCUCACGUGGCUUGACGCCCGAUAAAUUCAUUGAGCAUCCAUUGUGGUUGCACGGACCUGCUUGGGCCCAGCGUGACCCAUCUGAAUGGCCUAUUUUUAAAAUAUCCGACUUGGGUUCAAAUGCCAUUCCAGAGGAAAAGGUACACGCAUACUCAGUGGUUUCCGACCCUGAAAAUUCUCUUAUUCUCGAACUUGCAGAACGCACGUCAUCGUGGACGAAGUUACUGCAUAUUAUCGUUUUCAUGUAUCGUUUUAUGAAAAAGAUACCUCGCCGCUCUAGCGCAGUCACCGCGAGCGAUUUAAUAUUCGCUGAAAAUGUCUUGUUACGUCACGUUCAGAGAAGACAUUUCUCUAAAGACUUAGAGUGUUUAAAUGAUAACAAAUAUUGUUCUCCCGCUCUUAUAAAACUCAGACCAUUUCUUGAUAAUGACCUGAUUCGCGUCGGUGGUCGAUUAGAUCACUCGGCUGAAGUUUACAGUACAAAACACCCUGUGGUGUUACCACGCCGCGACCGCGUAGUUGAUCUUCUUAUAGAUUAUUAUCACAAAAAAUAUUUGCACGCCGGUCCCGAACUUGUAAUGACAUUAUUACGUCAUAAGUAUUGGAUCUUGUCGGCCAGGCGAAUUAUCCGCUUCAGAAUUUAUAAAUGCAACGCUUGUCACAAGUGGAAACCGCGACCUCUAAAUCCGCCGUUAAUGAGCGACCUACCUAAAUACAGAGUGACCGCUGCUAGUAAAGCAUUCUUACAUACAGGCUGUGACUACGCUGGUCCUAUGCAAUAUGUGCCCAUCCGCUCAAGGGGUGCGAAGAGCCGCAAGGGCUACUUGUGUAUAUUUACAUGUAUGACUACACGCGCAAUUCACAUUGAAUUGGCUACCGAUCUUUCUACCGCUUCGUUUGUCGCCGCGCUUAAACGUUUUUUGUCUCGCCGCGGACCGGUACAAUGUUUGUACUCGGAUAAUGCUACCAACUUUCGCGGGGCUAAUUCUUACUUACGCGACUUAUACAAUUUUAUCAAUAAAGAUUACCGCCCGCAUUUUGAGGAAGAGCUCGCUGAGCAUCGCAUAAGUUGGCAAUUUAUUCCACCCGCUUCGCCCCACUUUGGUGGCUGUUGGGAGUCCAUGGUCAAAACAGUGAAAACUCAUCUUUUUAAAACUAUAGGUCAACAACUUCUUUCUUAUGAAGAGCUUGUUACUAUAAUAACUCAGAUCGAGUGUUUAUUAAACUCUAGACCCCUGACCGUUCUUAGUUCUGACCCUUCAGAACCUGAGGCUCUUACGCCUUCACAUUUUUUACACACAUUCCCGCUUUAUUCUUUGCCCGCCGCGGAGAUAGGUCCUUCCCUUGAGAACCUUAUCGAACGACACUCACUUAUGGACAAGAUGGUCCAGUCGUUUUGGAAGAGGUGGCGAAGUGAGUAUCUUCAUAGUUUACAAACGCGUCUUAAAUGGAAUAAACCCGAUGGAGACACGAUUAGGGAGGGAACAGUAGUAAUUAAUGAUAACGCGCCUCCACUAUCGUGGCCUUUAGGUAUUAUCGAGAAGUUGCAUACUUCUAAGGACGGUGUCACACGGGUUGUAUCCGUACGCACUUCUAAGGGUACUCUGAUUCGACCAGUGGUACGCUUGUGCCCAAUUCCUACGCAGUAAUUUAUAAUUUUAUUCGCCAUUCCCCUCAUUCAUUUUAUUAACCGCUAUAUUUAUUAUAAUACAUUUCUUUAAAGGUGACCCUUUAAGGCCGGGGGGGAAUGGUGCCGCCAUAAUAUAAUCUUUUCUAUUUUAAACUUUCGCGCCUAAUCUAAGGUUUUU